GUAUUAGCAAAGUUUGUUAUUGAACUUAAAUUGUUUUAAUUUACGACUUUAUUUGAUUAAGUGCUUGUAUCAUCGUAGCCUGGCGAGACAUGUUCCAUACCAUAUCUUUAUGAAUUACGUGACAGAACAUUCAAUUAAUAUGAAAAUACAUCUCAGUUUGCUUCUGGUGUUUGUACUAUUGAGUAGUUGCUAUGGCAACAAAACUGAUGAUUCCGAUACAUAUUUAAGCCAUUUCAUAGCGGAUUUAUGGCUUGAAGGAACUGAUGUUUUAAAAAUUAUUUGGAGAGAUUGUUCUAAGAAGUUGGUGGAUGUAAAAGACGGUGUCGACCGUAAAGAGUACUUUCCCAAGUUCCUAAGAUGCUUGAAAAGGAAAACCCUAAGGGCUUUGGAUCGGUGCCUUAGUUCAGACAUUGUACCGAUAGCCGAUGGUGUGAACUUAGUUAGAUUUGAAUUGGUUGACGGAUCUGGAAAUACGAUGCCCAUAAAUAGUACCAGUCCAUGGACCGAUAAAGAAUUAGAAGCAGGAGAAUGGCGUACACUUGCUCUUAAACGUAUUGCGAAAAUACUUCGGACACAUGUUGUUAAAUUUGAUUUUGAUGACUCAAAUAUAUUUGAUAAAGUUGAGUCGCGCGGACGCCGUCGUCAUCAUUUGAUGACAAUGAUGAUGUUUGGGAUCGUUUCUAUUGGAAUGGUUCUUGUACCAAUGGGAUUUCAAUUUCUUGCCGUUUUGGGAGGCAAAGCUCUUGUUCUAGCAAAAAUGGCACUUAUACUUGCAUCCAUUCAGGGGCUAAAGAAGAUUGCUUCUAGUCCGCUGAAUUAUGGAUUCUAUCACACAUACCCCUACGAGCAUUACGAAAGGAGAAGCCUGGAUAAUUUACCUUUGACAAACAUUGUCCCAACAAUCAUACAAAAGGAAAUAGCAAGUCCGUGGGCGAAAUCUGAACAUAUAAAGUUAGAUGAACUAAAGCAAUAUAAAGAACAGUCUGAAGAUAAUAUCAUUGAUGUCAUACAAAGUACAAAUAAUAUUAAAGAAGAACAGAAUUCUGAAGCAAAAGUUUUCCCUAUUUACCCUGGAACUCAAGCAGGGGAAUUAAAUUUAGACGUUUCUAAUCCUGUCGUAGAUUUAUCGGCCAGGCCAGGGGAAGUGCAAGCGGAUUACGCUUUAGAAUUGCCGUAUAACAGACUACGUUUUCAAAGUCCCACUUCUGUCGUUUCAUCUUGACGUCUUCGUAAGAUUAUUUCAAGCAUUAAUUAAUGUUGUUUCUAAUAUUUAUUCAUAUUUUACUCAAGUGUUAUA